AGUUAGCCUGUAUUGCUUGCUUUAUGUGAUAAACGUAUAAUUGUUUAUUUCAGUUACUGAAAUAUUCAAAGUAGGUUUUGCAUACCCUUAGUCUAGGGGGCCCCCGCACCCCCAAUUAAGAACGAUUGUUGUAGGUCUUAUUGUUGAGUAGAAGGUAUAAAGCUGUUAACAGUGAAGAUGAUGCUCAUCGGCAUUCUGCCAGCACACAUUUUCCUCUGAGUUUAGAGAAGUUAUUACUCAGAAUAAUUGGUUGUGGUAUUAACUGGUACAUCACUUUCUGUACUAAUAUAUACCUAUCAUAUUCCAGAUACGCCCCACUAGAUUUUGGGAAUUCAAAGAGAAGAUACCAUUUAGUCCCUGUUGUUAAGAAGCUUAUGCUGAGUGUAAGAGGCAGAUGGUAUUGCUCACUGAGUAUCUUAGUGUGACAGGAUGUACUGGGUGCAGUUGGACCACAGAGUAUGGUGAGGUGAGAGAUGGUGGUCAAAGAAACCUUAGCAGAGGAGGUGAGUCAAGGCCAUCUGGUGAUUACAGUGUAGGCUGUGGAAUCCAGUAGUUCUGGUUUUGAAUCCCUGUUCUGCAGUUGGAGAAUUAUAUGAUUUGGAGCAAAUUAAAUCACCUCCCUAAGCUAUAUUUUUCUCACUUGUAAAAUGAGCUAAUGCCUACCUCUGAAAUUGUAAAGGUUGAAUAAGAAAAUUUAAAGGAUUUAGCAGCACAGUGCCUGGUAGGGACAAAACAGCUGCUCAUUAAGUCAAAACUGUUGUUAUUACUGCUGCUGCUGGGACUGUUACUUUGAACGGUGAGUAAGAUUAGCUAGAAAGGGCAGAGGAGAAACAGCUUUCUAGAGACAGGAAAGAGUGUAUGGGAAGACAUGGUGACCGAAGACAAUAUUGGGGGAAUAAAGUAGUAGUACCUACUUUAAAGAUUAUGUAGAGAUUAAAAUAAUCAUACACGUAAAGCACAUAAGCGCUCAGAAGUAGAGUCCCUAUUUUUAAUUCCACACUCUUAACUCCUGUAUAAUUCCUUUUUGAAACAUCUUUGUUCUUUUUGCAUCUUUUAUUUUUCCGUUUUUGUCCCUGAUGUCUACUUCUUGUUGUCUUACUUGAGGGCAUCCCUCAGAGUUUAGUUGUCAGUUCUCACUUCUCUAAUCUUUUCUGUUGGAGAAUUAGAUGUUCUUCUGGCUUCCUCUGUCACUGUUACACAAACGAUUUUAAAAUUUACCGGUUGCCCUGACCUCUUUCCUAGGUUCCUCUUUUUAAUUGGAUCUUAUUGGUCUCCUAAAAUUUCUACUUGAUAUAUUCAUUUACUGUUCCAUAAUUCUGUUUCAUUUGAUUUCGGGAAACAAUAGAAGGAAACUGAUCUAGAUUUGUCAGAUUUUUACUUUGCCAAGCAGUGAUAUUUAAGAAAACAAUCAAGCUCACCGUGUACUCCAUUGUAUACAGAAAAGGACAUUUAAACAUAACCAUUUAAAAAGACCAUAAUCUUAGAAUUUUAAAAGUAAUGUAGUGAGUACUUCAUUAUGUUUUGCUUUCAGACUGCUGAAAACUUCUACAUAGUAAAACACUGCUUUGGAGUAAACCUUGUACUGUCCCAAUAUUGAUCUGCCUAAAAUUUGAUUUUGAUCAUAUUUUUCAGGACUUUAAAAUGGCUCACUACUACCUAACUGAAAAAAGUCCUAAUUUUUAGGCCUUUACAGUUUGACCCCAGUUCUUUUUUUCAAGUCUUUUUCCCUCACCACUUUUCUGUUACCAACUUAAAAAAAAAAAAAAAAUCCAAAUAGUGGGUGGUGUUUGUAGUUUGGAUCUGACCCAGGUUCAAAUCUGACCCUGCCAUUAGCUUUGUGGACUUGGGCAAGUUACUGUAAUGAGAAGAAGCAAACAGCCCUUGGUGUCCUGGAGCUGCCCUGGUGCAGUCAGCUAGGCCGUGGUGUUGCUGUGACCUAGCCUGGAACUUGAGAGCUAGGCCUUCUGGGUGUUCUGUUGAACACAAACGGUUUCACUGAACAUCAGCAUCACACAAAGCCAUUCUUUGAAUAUGAUGGGUCAAGACCAGCAAAAGACCAUGUUAUAAUCAUGUCUUAACACAGGUAAAGACAUGCAUGUUGCCCAAGUCACAAAAUAUCCAACAUUCCCCUCUCCAGGCUACUGGGAAUGAUUGUUGAUGCUUUACUAAUUACAGCUCUAGCCUCCCUCUGGUCUGCCUCCCUACAGAGAUUUGUUGGUAUACCCAAUCAUCACAUUGUCCUCGCUUUCGGCCAGCACUCAAGCCAGAGUGAACCCCUGCCUCUUUGGGCUCUCCCCCAAAAUCACGUAGUCAAAUCCAAAUCCUAAAUAAGUCCUUUCCAAUGUUCUCUUACCAAGAUGCCCCACAGUUUCCCAUGAUGUGCUUGUUCAAACUCAGCUUGUUCAGCCAUUGGUAUGCUCCUGGUGUGUGGGUGGAAGGCAUUGGCAGUAACUACCUGGAACCUUAUUUUUCCUCAUAUAGGGACCAGGAGUAAUAACAAGUUUUCUGCAGAGUUUUGAAGAUUAGAUGAGAAAACUUAAAGCACCUAGCAGAGUCCUGGUAGUUAGUAAUUACUCGACGAAAGCUUGUUUCUUGUCCUCUGGUGAAGUAGUCUGAUCAGUCAUGGUCCCCUGAACAGGGCUUACAAGGACCUUGUUUUCAUCCUUUCUCACCCAUGAAGUGCUCCAUUCUCGUCCUUCAAGACUCAGGUCACAUACCUUCUGUUCUGUGAAACCUUUGCACCUCUUAAUGAUCUCUUCUGUCUCUGCACUUCAGACAACACGAUGUUGGGCGAAGAGAAGAUGUCUGUAAGAAAACGGCUGUCGAAGUCCAGUAAACAUGCUGAGGAAAAGGAAGAAGGCCAGAGAGACUGUACAGAGGAGUGCCAAGAGACACCUAGUAACGGUCGGAUUGAUUUAAAACAGCUGAUAGCAAAGAAGAUACAGUUGACAGCAGAGGCAGAGGAAUUGAAGCCCUUUUUUAUGAAGGAAGUUGGCAGUCACUUUGAUGAUUUUGUGACCAAUCUCAUUGAAAAAUCCGCAUCAUUAGACAAUGGUGGUUGUACCCUCACAUCCUUUUCUGUUCUUGAAGGAGAGAACAGCCACAGAGCUAAAGAUCUGAGAGCACCUCCAGAACAUGGAAAGAUUUUUGUUAUAAGGCGAUCUCUCUUAGAUGAGCUGUUUGAGGUGGACCACAUCAGAACGAUAUAUCACAUGUUCAUUGCCCUCCUCAUUCUCUUCAUUCUCAGCACACUUGUAGUAGAUUACAUUGAUGAAGGAAGGCUAGUGCUUGAGUUCAAUCUCAUGUCUUACGCUUUUGGCAAACUUACUGUUGCUAUGUGGACGUGGUGCACCAUGUUCUUAUGUACACUUACAGUUCCCUAUUUCCUGUUUCAACGCUGGGCCAGAGGCUAUCACAGGAGUUCUCAUCCAGUAGUCCAUUCUCUCUUGCAUUGCUUCCUUUUUGUGGUCUUCCAGAUUGGAGUUCUAGGUUUGGGACCACUUUAUGUUGUAUUAGUGUAUACACUACCACCGGCUUCCCGAUUCAUUGUUAUACUCGAACAGAUUCGUUUGAUAAUGAAGGCGCACUCAUUUGUCAGAGAGAAUGUGCCUCGGGUACUCAGUUCAGCCAAGGAGAAAUCAAGCACUGUCCCAGUACCCACAGUCAACCAGUACUUGUACUUCUUAUUUGCUCCUACCCUCAUCUACCGUGACAACUAUCCCAGGACUCCCACUGUAAGAUGGGGUUAUGUGGCUAUGCAGUUUGCACAGGUUUUUGGUUGCUUUUUUUAUGUGUACUACGUCUUUGAAAGGCUCUGCACCCCCUUGUUUCGGAAUAUCAAACAGGAGCCCUUCAGCGCUCGUGUUCUGGUCUUAUGUAUAUUUAACUCCAUCUUGCCAGCUGUGCUGAUACUGUUCCUUAGUUUUUUUGCCUUUUUGCACUGCUGGCUCAAUGCCUUUGCUGAGAUGUUACGCUUUGGUGACAGGAUGUUUUAUAAGGAUUGGUGGAACUCCACAUCAUACUCUAACUAUUACAGGACCUGGAAUGUGGUGGUCCAUGACUGGCUAUAUUACUAUGCUUACAAGGACUUUCUCUGGUUUUUCACAAAGAAGUUCAAGUCAGCUGCCAUGUUAGCUGUCUUUGCUGUGUCUGCUGUAGUGCACGAAUAUGCCUUGGCUGUUUGCUUGAACUUUUUCUAUCCAGUGCUUUUCGUGCUCUUCAUGUUCUUUGGAAUGGCUUUCAACUUCAUUGCCAAUGAUAGUCGGAAAAGGCCAAUUUGGAAUGUUCUGAUGUGGACUUCCCUUUUCGCGGGCAAUGGAGUCCUCCUGUGCUUUUAUUCUCAAGAGUGGUAUGCACGUCAACACUGCCCCUUGAAAAAUCCCACAUUUCUGGAUUACAUCCGGCCACGUUCCUGGACUUGUCGUUAUGUGUUUUAGAAGCUUGGACUUUGUUUCCUUCCUUGACUGAAGAUUGGGUAUUUUACCUGAUUUGGGGCCACCAUCUGUUUCCAGCCAUUACUGAAGUUAUCUGUGUUAUUUGGACCACUCCAGGCUUUACAGAUGGCUCACUCCAUUACUAGGUCACCUGAAGCUGAGCUGUUAGAAGUUUCCUGGAAGCUUGUACACUUUUAAGCAGUUCUUAAUUUUUUCCUUUUUGGGAGAAGGGAGACUUGUAGCUGAUAUAAUGACAGAUUUUUGCUGGGUCAUAUCAGCUUAAACCUCAGAAAUUCUGUUUUGUUUCUUGAUUGCAUCUAAUUAGAGACUAAACAUCAUGUUUUCUUGGCCACUGAAUUAGCCAAAACAUUGAUGAAGAAAUCAUUUAAGUACCCCUGGCUUAGAAAUUUUUUCAUGUGCAUUGUUGGAAUGUAUGCUCAUUAACCAUGCAAUUGGGAAAGAAAAUAAUGUGGAAUGUUUUGCUAUUUCUAGUAAAGAGAAAAUAUCUAUUUUUCCAAAGAUAAUCUUGUUAUAUAUCCUAAUUUGUAUUUUUUUUAAAGUUCAGUUCUAUUUUUAUCUUGUUUUUGCUAUACAGUGUAGGUCAUGAUAUCUGUGAAGCAAAAUUAUCCCUUUCACCUUGAAUUCUUGAGUUUGCAUCCAUAAUAUUAUAUACUGAGGGGGACAGAAGUAGGAAGGGAAAAAGAAGUGGCACAGGACAAAGAAACAUAUUUCCUCUUUUAACUUCUAAAGUAAUUUUUAAAAAGAACUUGCAGAGUCAAUAAUGUGUUUAAAUUAUUUUAUUGUGGAACUUAUGUGGAAGAUAACUUUUGUUGUUUAAACUUUCAGGUAAUAACUUCUUUGAAGUUAUUUAGAAGUAACCUUUGGUACAGUUAUUUUAUCUAAUAAAUACUGACAUGAAUUAUUUUUCAGACUAGUAAGUCUGUUGCAUAAGUAUUAAUCACCACCAUUAAAGGGAAUAUUAAAGAUCCAGAAGCUG